AAGAGCGAGAGAGAGAGAGAUUUACAGACAGAGAAAUAGAUAGAGAUAGAGAGAGAGGGAGAGAGAGAGAGAGAGAGAUUACGGACUACAGUUAGUGUGUUGACGGAUGAAAAUAUUCGGCUCAUUGCAAAGUUGUUUAGCUGAACAACUGCAUAAACUCACUUAGAGAGAAAAAAACAGAGGGAGAGGAAUAGAGAAAUAGAGAGAGAGAAGGAGAGAAAGAAAUAGCGCGCGCGCACUAGAAAACUUGAUACUCGGAGAGAUACAUUGUUGCAAAGUUGCGCUCUUUGUAGUAAAUGUUGUGACAGUGAGGAGGAAGCCGGAGGCGCGGACGGACAGAGAGAGAAGCCGAGCUGUCAAAGCCGAUGAGUAGUGCAGACUGCAGCGGGAAUGAGGAGCUGGACUUCAGGCUGAUGUUCGGAGAGGACGGCCAGCAGCCGCCGCCAGGCCCUGCAGAUCUGGAGCCGGAUGACACCACAUCGUUCUACAUCCUGAACGUGGGUCAGCCUCCGGCAGUGUUGAACCAGCCCCUAGGUGUCCAGAGGCAUGGAGUCCAGCCUCACUCACAGGUCAUCUCUACUUCUCCUACAUUGCAGCCCCUCCACAAGCCCUUUGAGCCUAGCUAUGAGUCCCUGGACUCCAAAUAUCUUCCCAGUGGAGGUGGAGGAGGUGUAGGCAGGCCCCCCAAGGCCUUUGAAUGCCCCAGCAUCCAGAUCACCUCCAUCUCCCCAAGCUGCCAGCAAGAGCUCGACGGCAAUGAGGCUGACCUCCGGUCUAAAGGUGUGGAUGGAGACUUUCAUGAGCGCCCGCUGUCUAGGGACCACCUGUAUUUGCCGCUGGAUCACUCGUACCGCGAUUCAUCACUGAGCCCAAGCCCUUGCAGCAGCUUGUCUUCACGCAGCUGGUUCUCAGACGCUUCGUCAUGCGAGUCCAUUUCACAUGUGUACGACGACGUGGAAUCGGAGCUGAACGAAGCAGCGGCUCGUUUUACACUCGGAUCUCCACUCGCUUCUCCACAGGGCACCCUGCUGGAGGAGCAGUGGCAACAGCAGCAGCAUCACCACCACCAGGGUUAUGCCCCAUUGCUUUCCCACCCACAUACCCACUCUCUUUCCCCACGCCAGUCACCAUGCCACUCACCGCGCACCAGCGUCACUGACGAGAAUUGGCUCAGCCCACGGCCACCUUCACGUCCAUCCUCGCGGCCCACGUCACCAUGCGGUAAGAGGCGACACUCCAGUGCAGAUAUCUGCUACUCGGGUUCACCCCAUCACUCCCCAACACCGACGCCGGGCCCCUCGCCGAGAGGCAGCGUCACCGAGGACACCUGGACAGGCAGUCCUGUAGGCAUGACACCCUUUCCAUGCUGCACUCCAGACCCUGACAUCCCCUCCAAAACCAGAAGAACAUCACAGGACUGUACAACCACGCUACAGACCGGGAAGACCGAUCUCAGCAUGGACGAUUCGGGAAACGUCUCACCGCUCCGCGAUUCCCCGGCUGACGAAUCCGUACACGGAGUGAAAAAAGACGGAGCUGGGGAGCAGUUCCUUUCAGUGCCCUCUCAUUUCACAUGGAGCAAACCCAAACCAGGACACACACCAAUUUUCAGGGCGUCCUCCCUGCCCCCCCUGGACUGGCCCUUGCCGAGUCAAUACAGUCAGUUCGAACUGAAGAUCGAGGUUCAUCCUAAAGCCCACCACCGGGCGCACUACGAGACGGAGGGCAGCCGAGGAGCCGUCAAAGCAACCUCAGGCGGACAUCCUGUCGUCAAGCUCAUCGGCUACAACGAGAAGCCCGUAAACCUGCAGAUGUUCAUCGGGACAGCAGACGACCGCUAUUUAAGACCGCAUGCUUUCUAUCAGGUUCACCGCAUCACAGGCAAAACGGUGGCCACGGCGAGCCAGGAAAUCCUGAUCUCUAGCACCAAGGUUCUGGAGAUUCCUCUCCUUCCUGAGAACAACAUGUCUGCCAGUAUCGACUGCGCAGGGAUUCUAAAGUUGAGAAACUCAGAUAUCGAGCUGAGAAAAGGAGAGACGGACAUCGGGCGGAAAAAUACCCGGGUGCGCAUGGUGUUUCGGGUUCAUAUCCCACAACCCAACGGAAAAGUUCUCUCUUUACAAGCUGCCUCUAUCCCUGUGGAGUGCUCCCAGCGCUCAGCACAGGAGUUACCUCAGGUGGAGAAGUUCAGUUUGAGCAGUUGUCCGGUCAGUGGAGGAGAGGAAAUGGUCAUCACAGGAUCAAACUUCUUCCCUGAGUCGAAGGUCAUCUUCCUGGAGAAAGGACCUGAUGGACGACCACAGUGGGAGGUGGAAGCCAAGGUCGUUCGAGAAAAGAGUCAAGGAUCAAGCAUUGUAGUAGACGUUCCACCGUACCACAGCAAGAGUAUCACGUCCGCAGCGCAGGUGCAGUUCUACGUGUGUAAUGGGAAGCGGAAAAGGAGCCAAUCACAACGAUUCACCUACCUGUCAGUCCUGGUUAAACAGGAGCACCGAGAUGAUUUGGACCCCUCAGCUGUGCCGGCCAUGCCUCAUGCGCAUCCUGUCGGCCUGGGUCGUUCUCCGGUCCUGCCAUCCCCGGACCACUCUCAUUCACAGGAUGGGCUUGUGCCAGGCUCUCCGCAUGGCCUGGCACCUUCUCUGCACCCACUCCAGCCACCCUGUGCAUCUCUUCACUCACCUACCUUCUCUCACCUGCCUCACCUCCAGGCCCGAGGUCUUCACCCACCUCCUGAAUGCCAGAUGCCUUUCCAUCCAGGCAAUGUGCCCCCGUCUAGGCCGACGUACCCCCCUCUCCAGCACAACCUACCCUUCAACGGCCAAGUGAGUCUACCAGGAGCUAGCCCCCAGGCCUACGAGCGUGUGCCCUUUCAGCCUGAGCCACCUGGAUGCCACCCUUUGGGAAUGGGCAUGGUGUAUGGCUCCCCGGUUUCGGCUCCUGCCUCUGGAACCGGCCCUUCAAGCCCUAGCCACUCUUCCUCUCAACUUCAUUCUCUGGGCUAUCACGGUGCCACCCCAGGCCACGUGACGUCACCCACCCACUCCAUCGCUCAACCCGGACUGCAGCUUCAGCGCUCGCUCGGCUACCAUCCAGUCGGGCAACGUUCGGCUUCGUGCCCAACGCCCUCUAACGCCCCUGCCCGAAUGAUACCCCUGCCCCAUUCAGGUCCAUCCUCUCCUCAGCUGCACUCACUGCCCUACCAGUCACCCACCUCGUCUUCUCCUGCCAGCAGCCCUCUGGGAGCCCAGCCCUCACCCCAGGCCAGCAGUCCUGUCAUGACAGGGAUUCCAACUCCAGGACCCAUGGUGCAUCCGCUGGCACCACAACAAGCCCCGUUUACCAGCGAAGGAGAGAGGCUCAACAUCAAACAGGAACCAGAGGACAAAGAGCCCACGUUCCGCUCUAUAGGCCUGCAGGAUAUUACACUGGAUGAUGUGAACGAGAUCAUCGGCAGAGACAUGUCUCAGGCUCCGGGGGUUCACGGAUCCUCAAGCACGCUCGGCCACUCGUAGCCCUGUGCCCGCUGCCCUCGUACCGUACCACAGCAUGUCUGAGAAAGCUCUGGACCUCUGAGCCGCAGACAGACACAGCGCUUCCAUCCACAUGCAUCCUUUUAAACGAAACCAGACCCAGCCAGAGAAGAUCCAAGCAUCAGCAUCAGCACCAAGCAAGGCACCGUUUAGAAAUGUGAUGAAGUUAUAAAGAGGAAUUUGUGGACGAGGACUUAAGAGAUCAAAAACAAAAAAGUAUAAAGUGGCUACAAAUAUAAAAUCACAGUUCGAACAGUCCAGCUAAUUUUUUUCUCAGCUUCUUUUUUCGCAGUAGUUCUCAGGCGAUUUUCUUCUUCUUCUGGAUCAACCGUCUAAUGAAAUGAGCAAUCUAUGCAGGCCAAUAUGAAUAUGCAAUACAUAAAAAUAAAAUUAAUUUAGAAAAAAAUACAAAUGUAGCAUAACGUACGUAGAUGCUUUGCUCUGGAUUUGGGGUCGGAUUGGAUGGAAAACGGAAUUCAGGAGCGUUAUUUUUUUAAUCGUCACUGAUGCUGCCUCUUGAAUUAAGCAGGUCUCAGCAGCACCCCCUGGAGGACAAUCUGCUGAUGCGCUAAUGAUAUGCAACAUUCCACACUUUUCUAGUGUUUCUCUUUCUUUUCCCCAUGAACGAUCGCCCUCUCUCCUCUUCAGGUUGAACAAAUGCCUUAUAAGCCUAGCAGCUUGGAUUGACUGAAAAAAAAACAGCUUUUAAUAGAGAUGUUAUAUUAUUAUUAUUAUUAUUAUUAUUAUUAUGCUGUUUUUUUCUCUAUAUUUUCUUCUUCAUAAAGCUGAAUCCUGUGCUGAAGACACAGGUCAAGUUUGCGUGUUUUGCAUUUCAAAGUUCUAGUGUGUGACAUUUUUGGACGGGAUAUACCCGAACUCGUUUGAGGAAAUCGAUCCCACUGUAGAACAUUCAGUCAGAGUUGAUGUGUUGGAGACAAUCUGGCGUCUUGUCAGUGUGGUAGCUGAUACUGAUACCCGUGUGCCUUUCAAAUGACAAUCAUGCUCAGAUUAUAGGACAAACUACCCACUGAUGUUCAGUAUGGAGGCCAUAUUGUCUUGGUUGGUAAUGUUACUUUAAAACCGUUUUUUUUUUUUUCAUUCUUCCUUCCUGCGCGGUGAUGAAACAGCUAAGCUCUAACCGUAACCCUACGUUUAUGCUAGCAAGAAACAACUUGUCACAUUGAGCUACUUUUUCAGUGGAAAGGAAAUUGACAACAAGUUAAACGCAAUUACUUAUAAUUGUCAGCAGGUGGUGAAAUUCCCACUUUAAAUACUACACACCACGUCAUUGGGAAACGUAAUGAAGUACAAGUACACAUUUCUUUUAAAAUGUACUGGAGCAAAAGUAAAAAGUAUCUUCUGAUAAAACUGUACUGACAUACAGUAAUGAAGAAAAUGUACUUAAUUUCCUUUUACAUCUGACUGCUUUUUUAUUUUUAUUUUUUUUAUUACUACUACAGAUUCUCAUCAGAAGUAAAUAAAACACCGCUAGCACUCUCUACAUGUCGGGGGGAAAAACAUCAACUUGCCACUUGCUAGUGCAAACGUAGGGUAGAAACAUUGUUACUGCUUUUAGCUAAUCAUCUAACUUUUCUAAUAAUGAAGAUGAGUUUUGAUUGUGUUUUUUGUUGGAAUAUUACAUUUCAUUUUUUUUUCCUGCUUGAACAUGCUUCUAAGAAAAGUUUUUUUUUAUGGCAGUCACAUUUCCUCUGCCUUGUGGCCAUUUGACAUAGAAUUUAAAAAAUGCUGAGGGAAAAACACAUCAAAAGCACCAAAAUUGCAUUCUGACAAUCAUCAGCCCAACGCCGGAAGAUAUAAAGGUUUUUUUUACAGCUACUUUCAUAGUAAAAUUCUAGAUUAAAUCCAAGCAUUGUAGAUUAUGACGACAAUGAUGGUACGUCCCCUAAAUACCCCACCCUUGGGAAUCAAGUGAAAUCAGUGUUUGAGGUUAAUUAUUGAAGCAUGACAGGAAUGUCUGAAGGAAGUGAAAGAUUAAAGGGCGAGGACUUACUUUCGCUUUGAGACUCACUCGAGAAAUCGAUUUGUAGUGAACAUCGGGUGCUAUAUAUAUAUAUAUUUUUUUUUUUGUAAGAAAUGUAUCCCUGCUUUAAGGAAAAAAAUGACAGUAAUAACUGUUUUGUGGGGGGGGCAGUUUCCUUUUUUAAGGAAACUGCGACAGUUAAUUGUUCCAUGUUUUGGGUCUUUGAGACUUUGUGGUAUUAAGGGGGAAAAAAAACACAAAAAGGACAAAUAAUUAUGCACUAAACCUGCCUGUUGCCUUUUAAGAAAAGAAACUAUAAAAAAAAAGAAAAGAAAAGAAAACCUUGAUGCCUCUAGACAUAAAUGCUAUAGAGCAGCUUAAAUGUAGAGCAGUGUAUGCUAGAUUCCUUUCUCUAUGUCCGAGAUCUGUGUGUUUGUGUGUGUGCCUCUAGCACAGAGGACUAAAGUGUGUACUUUUUUUUUUUUUUAAUAAAAUAAAAAUUCAGCAGUGAGAAGAGAAGGCACACGGUGGCAUUUAGGCUAUGCAAAGACACACAGCAACACGUCAGCGCAAUAUUUGGUAUCAAAGAAAACCGUUCGUUAGCCAGCUCUUGUAUAUAAAUGUGAGUGUGAGUGUAUGUGUGUGUGUGUGUGUGUGUGUUUACCUAUAGUGACAGCGACAUCAAUGCCACUUUUGGAAUAUUUAAGUUAAAAAGAUCGCCUUAAAUUUGUAUUCGAUACACAGAUGUUUGACCGUUUGGGUUUGAUUUAGGAAUAGCUUUUAAAUCUUAUCUAUAGGAAAACGGGAAUUCUGGGACAGAAACCUCGAGCUCCCACCAAGCAUCUACUUUUGACCUGUUCUUCAAACCAAAGACCGAACAACGUGUUCCUGUUUUACAGACAGAUGACAAAACAUAGACUCUAAAACUCUAUUUUUGAUACUUCAAAGAAGAUGGAUGUCAUUCCGAAAGUUGGGGGAAAUUAACUUUUUGUAAAAUAUAAGGGAAAUACAGGUUUUGCUGCUGUUUACAGAGCCGUGUAUUGUCAUUUCAUGUACAUUUUGUAUUUUAAAUGUUUUGUAAUUUUUAAGACUGCAGUGCUUUUUUUUUUUUUUUGAAAUUAUCCAAAGGGAAUAAAAGUUGCAUUGUAGGCUCUUCUGAUGUAGUGUA